AUGCCGAAGUCAGUUAGUUGUUUGAAGGCGAAGCCCAGAAAGAAGCGCAUCAGUCGUAAGAACAUGGCUAGCAGUUCAACGGCUGCUAUGAACCACGUUAUAGAUGUAGAUAAAAUUAUAGAUGUAGAAGAAGAUUCCUACUUCUCAGAUCUGCAUGGAAACGUGGAUGCCCAGGAACUACAACUUCAAGAGGCCCUAAUAUCUUCAGCAUCCAAAAGUAAUGCAUCAUCAUCAUCAUCACAAAAAGUUACAUCGUCAUCAUCAAUUCCUGCAACUUCCCCACCUCCAAAUAAAUUAAAGAGGAAGCAGCCAAUGGUGAAAGCUGAAGAAGCCACAUUACACGAGCGCAUUUGUGGCAUUUGCAUGGACACAAAAGCUCUACCAGAAAUCUUUUCAAAUGCAAAGGUCUGGGGCCAUCUGUUCUGCUCUGAUUGCAUAAGCCAAUAUGUAUCUGUGAAGAUUAAAGAAAACAUCGCGAAGGUGAAGUGUCCUGACCCAACGUGCAAAGGGAUAAUAGGACCUGAAGUUUGUCGAGAUAUAGUGCCAAAAGAAGUUCUUGAAAGAUGGGAGGAUGCUUUAUGCGAGUCCAUGAUCCUGGCUACUCAGAAAUUCUACUGCCCGUUUAAAGAUUGUUCAGCCAUGUUGGUGGAUGAUAGCGGAGAAACUGUGACAUCUUCUGAAUGCCCAAACUGCAACAGAUUGUUCUGUGCGCAGUGUAAGGUGGCAUGGCAUUCAGGGAUGGAUUGCAAAGAGUUUAAGAGCCUAAAGAAGGAUGAGAGAAAUCCAGAGGAUCUAAUGUUGAUGCAGCUUGCCAAGAACAAAAAAUGGAAGAGAUGCCCAAGCUGCAACUUUUAUGUGGAAAAACAAAUCGGUUGUCAUCGCAUUUCUUGCAGAUGUGGGAAUCAUUUUUGUUAUGGAUGUGGAAAGAAGCACGUUGGAAGCUAUGCUUGUAAUAUUUGA